AUGGCACCAACUCGCUCUGGCUCGACUCCUCACCCUUCCUCGACUUCUCGCCGCGCCGCUGCGGCCGGCAUCCAGAAGCGGUCAGUCAAGAGAAGCACAAAACGCCAAGCUUCUACAGCCGGUACAAACACGACAGAGGCAACUGAGGUUGCAAAACGUGAAGGUGCAAAAUCCUCCCGGUUCCUGGAUCUCCCCGGAGAGAUCCGGAAUAGAAUUUACGAGUACAUGCACGCCGAGAAGACCCAACUCGUGCUCGUUCACCGGCCACGCAUCGCCUCUCUACGCCCCCGUACCAGACUUGACCGAAGCCGCACCCUCGCCUCAGAUAUCACCGCCCAGGAACACGACGAAAGACUGUCAAGCGACAGCAGCAUCACCAAUGGUUCCGAGAACAUUCCUCGAGAAACUAACCGUCCAUUUUGGGGCUUGACGCAGGCGAGCCGACAGCUCAGGUGGGAGUUUCGCCCUCUCUACUUGACCAACCAGGAGAUUGGCAUUGACGUGGCCAACAUACCCCGUUAUGUCAAGGCCUUCUACCUCUCUGCCGACAAAGAGCUUGCCACGAUCGGUCCUUCAGGAGAACGCGAGUCGACCCUGUCUUUCGCCGGCCAUGUCACGGUCGCAGUUGGCGAUACGGCCACCAAAGAAGAACGUGGCCCAAAAGGCAUCGAAGUACUACCUCUGAUUGAGGUUUGGGCAAACGGCUUCUCAAUGAAGGUUGGGUUCGGUCGCUAUGGGACGAGUGGCUACGCAACGGAUGGCUACCAAUGGCACGGCGAUGUAGAGACAAAGGAUUUCUACCGCCUCCUUGGCCGUCAAGUUCAGAGAGACCAGACUUGCUCAGACACGAACGAGCACUGGGAAGAGCUUCUGCGCUGCCGGUCUCUUGCUUCAGUCCGUAUCCAUCGCGCUCCACCAACAAGAUACGUUUCAACACCAGGAUGUGCCAUCCCUCAAGAUCUCCUCGCGGUCUCUACUCCCAUACCCGCCGCGAAUGGCAUCUACCCGCCAAACGUCCAGAUGUUCCGUGUCCCAGUGGUACCAAACCCAUACAUACACAUCAUCUUCAGGAGGGAGAGGGCCGAACCCUGGAUGACAGAGUUCAAGUCCGAAAUCCCCGACAAUUGGCUGGCUCAGCACGGCUUUAAAGAUAUGGACCAUUUCGAGGUCAAGGUGGGCGUUGAAGAGUAG